CCGCUCCUACCCGCUCGCCGGUUCCUGUCCCCGCUUCACCGCCAGCAAUGUCUUCUCAGAUGGAUAACCGCAGCCAGUCCGCCGGAAAGCGCGCGCGCACCGACGGUAGCCGCCGCGAGGACGACUGGGUCUGCCCGAGCUGCCGGAACAUCAACUUCGCGUUCCGCACCACCUGCAACAUGCGCAACUGCGACCAGCCCAGGCCCGCCGAGUACACGGCUAUGCAGACUCCGCCCCACUACUCGGUGCCCGCGCGGUACAUGGCCCCAGGGACGCCGCCGUCCAUGUACCUCGGCGCUGCACCGCCCCAGUACGCCCCCUCCCUCUAUAACGGGCACGCCAUGCCGCGCUACGGCAUUCCUCAGCUCUCCCCGGGGUCUGGGUACCAAUACGGCUACGGCGCUCGACUCCCGAUGGGGAGCCCCUACGGGCCGCCGGUGCAUAUGACUGGGCCACCUCAGUAUUCUGCUGGCCCUAUGAUUGGUGGAGGUGGAAUGUACAGCAUCAGCAUGCCCAUUGACAGAUAUGGCUUGGGCUCACCUGGUGGUCCUGGUGCAAUGGUAAUCACUCCUGUCACAAGGGCUGGUUCCUAUUCUGAGGAAGGCUCACAGAAGAAAUCUGCAGGAGCUGGGCGUGAUAAUGAUUGGAAGUGCCCUAAUUGCAACAACGUCAACUUCGCCUUUCGGGCAGUCUGUAACAUGAGGAAAUGCAACACUCCAAGACCUGAUAACCAGGGACCCAAACCUGACAGUUCACGAGGUUCAAAACCGAAGACGCCAGAGGGUAGUUGGAAGUGCGAUAAGUGCAAUAACAUAAACUAUCCUUUCCGGACGAAAUGCAACCGCCCAACUUGUGGGGAAGAAAAGCCAUUGCAGGCAAACAGCCCUGAUGAUUUGGCUACAGAUCAGGACAAUCAGUUUUUGUCAUGUAAUAUUGCGAUGCUUUUGUCAAAGCUGCAACUUUCACAUGACUUUGAAGACAGCAGCAGUGCUCUAACCAAGAAGGAUCUUCCUCGCCGCGCCGAUGGGCUACCGCUACCGACAAGUUCAUAUGCCCUGCGAAUGGCAGCUCUGAGUGAGUUGCGCGGCAGUUUCAUGAACUGACGAGCAACCAUUUCAAUUUGCUCAAACAGUGAGAAAUAUGUGGACAUAUAGGGGCACAGUGAGGAAUAUGUGGACAUACUCUAUAGCUUGCAACGGAUGGGCAUUGCUUGCAAUGAGUAGGGUCCUAGUUGGAAGAGAUCAGAUUGUAGUUUAGCCCCUGCGUGAUUUGUCAGAGUAUAUUUACUUCUGUUCUCAUUCAUUGUUAGUAGUAGGGCUGUUUUGUUUCUUCAUCAAUUAAGUGGCACGUUUGUGUAAAUCUGAUGUAAAAUCGAUCUUGGUUAUACUAUCGUCAGCACAUGUUACGACGCUGAUUGGUUCUUUC